CUUGUUCUGCUAGGUCGUCAGGAGGGCCGACAUUUUGUUAGCUUCUUAGCAAAAUAAGCUGUCGAGGGCAGUCAUCAGAGUUGCUCUUUGUCGCCUGACAGUUUAAGGCUGUUAUCAUGUGGUAUGAAAUUCUGCCUAGCUUCGCCAUCAUGACCGCGUGUCUGAUCAUCCCUGGCGUCGCCACCGCACAGAUCCACAAGUUUACCAACGGAGGGAAGGUGAGGAGGAUGCUGGAUGCUAAUGAAAAGAGAAUCGCUCGGGCUCCGUGGCAAUGGUACCUGAUGGAGAGAGACAAGCGAGUGUCAGGAACAGGACAGUACUUUGACUCCAAGGGACUUGAGAACAUCCACUGAUGACGAGGAAAAUGAAGUCCCCGAUCAGAAGAAAGUUUUUCGUUGUACGUCAAAUAAAUUACAUUUAACAUUCAGUUGUUUGUUUUCAGUCUUUUAAGGCUGUUGUCCUUGUUAUCAAUUAAAACUAUUCCAUACUGGAAAUCUUGCGAGGCUCAUAUGUUAAAUUUCAAAAGACGAGAGAUUGUUGCUCUAAUAUAAUAAAUACUUUACACCUGGUUA